CAAACUCGCAACGUGGGUUGAGCUUGGCAUGAAACGUCGCCCAACGCCGCAACGUCGACGGUUUCAGAUGCAGCAGCUCCCGUGCGCUUCAACCACGUUCCUUGCAUGUCCACACCUUAAUCGACGCCCCGAUUCACGUCCCGGUUGCUUUCUUUAGCAACAAGCUACAGCCACCCUCCCUGUUCUUGGGUGCCGUGUCGCGAGCAGAGUGGGAGAGGAACCAAGUUAACCAACUGUAGUUCUUGGUCCUAUACCAGACGGAUCUACGCAUAAGCCAGGUUUGCCAGGGCCCCACAAGGGACGCGCAACCCCUUCUCACACUCUCGAGUCUCUCUUCCUCCUUCCCCUACCAACGAGGCGCUGAUCCCAUACGCUCUGAUACAGCUGCGCGAAGGCUGUCUUGCCUGUGCUGCAGAUUCGUCCGUCCAGCUGGCGUCCCGGCUGUGGCGGGUAUCCGAAGGAUCAUCACCAAGGUCCUUAUUUUUCGGAUAUCGGAACGCGAUGGGUCUGGAAUACCACCAAGCUCUCGUAUGGUCUCAGUAAGGCCGGUAUGAGCGAUGAGGUUGGGUCCAACUCCUGAAUACGGGACCUGCCAAGCUCAUUCAAUCCAAACGAUACGAUGAUGGGCUUGGAAGCUGGGGAAGGGAUGGAAGAAGCACUUCUUCCGCAACAACUUGAGGCUCAUUGGCCCCUUGUCCCCGGCUUGGCGGCUCAAGGCAAAUCCUUGCUCGCUCCCCGCGACGUUGGGAGCUGAGACAGUCUGGCGUGGGAAUGGUGGACAGUCAAGUCAGAGCCAAAGAGGCAAGGAGGCUCGGCAGUCCCCGAACCCUGGACAUCCCAACUCAGGCCGACUGCUUGCCUCUCUCUCCGCAGAUCAGCCCGGUCAACCACCCCCCCGCUGCCGACUUGUCGGUCCCAUCUGCUCGCUCUGUUGCAUGAUAUGUGAGUUUUUGAGUCUUCUAUACGUCCAACACUCUGUGCAGGGAGUUGGCUUGUUUGAAAGUAAGGUCUGAGCCGGUGUCUGGACAUGGAAGCAAAAACGUCACUUGCACAAUUUUGUUCCCUUCUUUAUAGUAUUAACCUUCGCUGCUCCCCUCUCUCGCGCUCCCUCUUGCAUUCGAUCUUUUUCUUCCGCUAGGCCAAGUUUCCAUCACCAGAUGUUUUUGUGAUACCCAGAUACCCAACUACUCACUCCGGCAAUCAUGGAGCGAGCACACUCUCUACUCACCAGCACGACACGAUCCAUCAGCAGCAGCCGGUCCAGCACCCGUUCAUCCCGCUCAAACUCAUUAUUCCAGUCAACCCCAGGACAGGAGAAGGGGGAGUUCUUUCUCCCCGCGCCAGCCACUACGAUCCCACAACCGAAACUCCGGGUGCGCGCGAUACUAGGCCAUUGCCUGUAUCGCAGGGUUGUGAUAUGGACGGUGACAAUUUCUAUGCUGAUCGCGCUCGCGUACCUGAAUACGCCACUAUACACUCGAGAUGGAAAGAUUCUAGGAGAUGAUUACAGAAUAGGUGGAAUGGGCGGCGACCCAAAGAAGCAGGGAAGGCCGGCGCCACCAGAGGAAGAUCUCAUUAUCGACAGUGACAUGCCGCCAUGGCUUAAGUUCAAGCAUCUCAAUGGCUACUUCAACGGUCUGAAGUCUAUCGUUCCCAUUGCCAACCACACACCUGAAUAUCCCAACAACUCUUUUCCGGCACCCGUCACCACCGUGCCGAUUUACCAUGAUACCCCUCCUACUCCCACCCCUUACGCAGCUCACCCAAACUACGCGUCUACUGAGUAUCAGAGAGAUUACCACCCUGUCAAGGAAUGUUUUGUCGAUGAGGAAGACAAGAUCGCAGUCCCUGACAUUUGGGCAUUUGAUGGUGUCCCCCAAAACCAGCCCGAUCCCGCCAUCGGCUCUCACACCGUGCUCGGCCUACGCAAUGACGUUUGUUUCGAUCGAUUUGGCCGCUACGGCCCCUACGGACUUGGUUACGACAUUCGCGAGGGAGGCACUUCUCAGGGUCAAGAUACGGAGCAAGAGGGAGCUGACGUUAUUUGGACCAAGACUGGCAAGAUCGAUUACAGCCGUGUUGAUUGGGGUGUUGCGCAAGAUCGAUGUAUCGAACGCAACAGCGCCCGCUUCAAUAAUGGUACCAAGCAGAGCACGUACGACUCGAUUUACAGUGAGCCCGAAACAAACGAGACGGGAGUCAAGCAGAUUGAUCGAAUUGCCGUUGUCGUCCGCACCUAUGUCGGAUUCGAGUGGACACAGCUCGCCAUCGUCAACUUCCGCGCGAUGAUCUCCGAGCUCUCCCUCAAGUCUGGUGGCGAGUACAGCGUUCACUUCCUUCUCCAUGUGAAGGAUAAUGAGGCUGCCAUCUGGUCAGACCCCUCAGUGGUGCAGAGCAUCCUCGAUGCGAACGUUCCCACCGAAUUCCACUCGCUCUGUACUCUCUGGUCAGAGGCCGAGAUGAAGCUUUACUACCCGGGUCAUUUCGCCGACGCCAUUGAGAAUCCCUCGAACGGAGACAUUCACGGAGUCUACCGCAGCGCCCAGAUGCCCCUUCAGGUCUUCGCCCUUCAGCACCCGGAAUACGCCCACUUUUGGAACUGGGAGAUGGAUAUGCGCUACAUUGGCUCAUACUACGAAUUGCUCGACCGCCUGGGAUCCUGGGCUAAGCAACAGACUCGCACCCUUCUCUGGGAGCGAUCAUCCAAGUACUACAUCCCCGCCGAGCACGGUUCAUGGAACGAAUUCGCCAGUGUUGUCGAGAGAGAACUCAACGCAUCUGGCCGCCGCGCCAUCCUGGGCCCCCAAAUUUUCCCCGGCCGCAUGUCGCUGAAGAGUGAGGAGGCUGGCCAUUCCAUUCUGCCCGCUUCCUGCGCCCGCGGUGGCAACCCUGACGAGUGUGGUGUUGGUGAGGAAGCCGACCUCAUCACAUUGAAUCCCCUCUUCGACGCCGACGAAUCCGGCUGGGUUUUUGCCAAGGAUGUCACUGGCUACGAAAUGGUCUUUGCUCCGCCACCGCGCCGAUGCUCCAUCGUCACAGCCUCACGACUAUCUCGCCGACUCUUGGCCGCCAUGCAUGAGGAGAUGUGGCGUCUGCACCACAGCAUGUUCUCGGAAAUGUUCCCCGCCAGCAUGGCUCUCCACCACGGCUUCAAGGCGGCUUACGCACCUCACCCGGUAUUCCUGGAUAGAGCAUGGUACCCCUUUAACACUAUCGAGAAGGCCUUCAACGGCGGCCGCGAUGGCACUACGGGAGGUCACGGCAGCCCCUUUGACCUCAAGAACGAGCACAACCACAAGGGCACCAGCUGGUACUACAACUCGGAGUUUGCCGGUCUCCUCUGGCGCCGAUGGCUCGGAUACCCCCAGAUGGACGGUCGCGGCGGUAACGGUGGCCGCGCCGGCGAGGGCACAUUACGCGGAGGCCAAGAUGAAGAGUCCCACAAGGACAGCUCUGGACGCUUGUGCAUGCGCAGCAUGCUGCUGCACCCGAUCAAGUGGGAGAACCCGAUUGAGCGAAAUUAAAGCGCGCCUUGGAAUUUUUGAUAUUGUUAUCAGGCAUUGAACUGUCGAUGAAAGUUUUGCCGUCAUCGAGAUGACAAGCGGAAAGCGUGUUGCAAUGCCGUAAGGUUUCCUUUGGCCCUGGCUUGCAAAAGUUUGUUUCUUCAUGUUGUUACACCCACCCCUUUUCUUUUGCAUUUACAAACAACCUGGCUACAUAGAGUGUACAUAUCGAGAGAGACUACGACGACACAGUACGGAUUGGGAGGUUAUACCAGCCGGGGGAUUUUACGGUUCACAACCCACACAAAGCGUUUGAUUCUUCUUUGCAAGAUGAGAAACAGGAUCGUCAUUCCGUGGGAGAGAAACAACACACUACGCAAAAAAGAGCGCUGGCAAACGUUUCGUGGACGAAAGCGUGGAACGAACAAAAAACAUCUUUUUUGUAUAUAGAGCGCAAAAUCAUCGCUCUUUUCAACAUUUUCAGAGCAGUGUUUCUAAACAAGGACUCACACAUUCACAUACUCAACUCUUGAGGAUGGCGAGAUAUUGCGACGGCGUUUGGGGUAAAUUGGAUGAGCUUGGGGCCCAGGGAUUUAGGUUUUGGUGUUUUAUGGGC